CUUUAUUAUUGUUCUGGAAGGAGGAACACAGGCGUGAAGAAUUGUUCCCCAUCGAGCCCCACUUAUUUACAACUUUAUAUCUGUUGACAGAGGCUGUUUGUGCAGGCUCGCGGGUUGUCGGCUGCUUUAAAGGUCGGUGAACACGGAGAAACGUUAGAGGCCGCGAUGGCGUCGCCGCUGGAGAUGACGGAGAUGUACGACAACGCGCUGCUGGGCAUCCUGCAGCACGUUGGGAACAUUCAGGACUUUCUGCAGGUCUAUUUUGGGUUUUUGUACCGCAAGACGGACUUUUAUCGCCUGCUGUCAAGUCCCAACGACAAGAUGGGCUUCCCCCCCGGUGUGGCGGAGAAGAUGGUGCUGAAGACAUUUAAGCUGUUUGAGAAGGUGGCAGAUCACGACAGAGAGAGACAGCUGAGCGAGCUGCAAAAGAGAGAGGAGAGUCGGUGUGUUCCCCCGGCAGUCCAGGAGCUGGAGAUCGCCGCCGAGCCUCCAGAGGGGGCAGAAGAGUGCAGCACAGAGGCGGCACAGACUGCGAGCUCUCCCUCGGAGGCACCAUCAGCCCUCAGCCCCGACAGCAGCAGUAGUGGCGGCGGCGGCGGCGGCCCGGGCCAGUCAGCUCAGGGAGGCCAGGCAGCUGCAGCCGGCACAAGCUCAGCAGAAAAGGAUCAGGGCAAGAAUCAGUCCGACCCCGACUGUUACAACGGGGCGGUGAGGGAAAACUACAGCUGGUCUCAGGACUACACUGACGUGGAGAUUCGCGUGUUUGUGCCCAAGACGGUUGUUAAAGGCCGACAGGUCAGAGUUAGUCUGCAGGCCAGCAGCAUUCAAGUGUGUGUGAGGGAGGGAGCCGAAGAGAAAACACUGAUGGAGGGAGAAUUCACUCAUAAGAUCAACACGGAAAACUCUCUGUGGAGUCUGGAGCCUGGAAGCUGUGUGGUCCUGUCACUCAGUAAGGCCUCGGAGGUUUGGUGGAACGCGGUGCUGAAAGGAGAACAGGAGAUUGACAUAAACCAAAUUAACCGCGAGCGCUCCAUGGCAACAGUUGACGAGGAGGAGCACGCCGUCCUGGACAGACUCACCUUCGACUACCAUCAGAAGCUGCAGGGCAAACCACAGAGUCAUGAAAUGAAGGUGCACGACAUGCUGAAGAAGGGCUGGGAUGCUGAAGGGUCUCCGUUCAAAGGGCAGCAGUUCGACCCCUCCUUGUUUGACAUCCCGCCCAGCGCGGUGCAGUUCUGAGCCACAUCUUAAAAAAACUCUGCCAAAAAUGAACUGAAUCCUUGUUUACUUACAGAACUGGUUACAGUAAAUUCAGCUUUUACCUGCCGGUCUGUGGUGUUGGAAGUUUGUCUUUAACUGUAAGAGCAGAAUUAUUUUGUGGGAAUCCAGAUUGUGACGAGGAUAAGUCAUAAUAUCAAACAUUUCUUUGAUGUUUUGGCAGUUUAAAAUCUGAUAAAUAUGUGUUGUUAACUCUUAUGCUCUUAAUUUAAUAACUCUGCAGUGCCUCUAUGUUUGUUUGUCCUACUGAGUGAUUCUGUUAUUAUUUUUAUUUUUCAUUCUCACACCAAUCCCCCUAAAAUGUUGAACAUUUAGUCGUCUCUCAGUACCCAGGUUUCCAUCGAAAUGUAGCGCAAAUUUUAACCAAAUAUCCCACAAAUAGGCAAAAGGAGAUGCAAAUGAAUGUGUUUCCAUCCACUAUGCGACCAUUAGGUGUUUGUUCACUGAGACAAACAGCUGGUGCGUAACUAAACCCGGGAGCUCAGCGAGCAAUUCUCAUUCAUGCGAGUUCCAUUUCCUUCAAUACGUCGAUGUCUCAAACGGUGGAAAACACGAUGGACGUCAGACAUUUCUGUUAGUUUCAUGUGUUAAUGUGAGGAAGGUUCCAGCCUCCUCAUCGCAGCUCUGGUGUUUCCAGCUCUUAACUGGAAGUUUAAGUCAUCAUCUACUAACUAAGUCUGUUUCCAUUGCAGCUUUGCCUUUAUCAAUACACCAACUCUUCAGCCUAAGCAAAAUGAAAAUGCACAUAAAAACAGGUGGAUGGAAACACACUUGUUGUUACUGGGUGAAUCGGUCACCUUCAAACUGACGACCUCGGCAAAGAGAAAUCUUCUUCGUCUGCUCUUCAAGGUUUUUGCAGCUUCGGACUCCUCCUUUGGUCGUCCGAGGCCACGAACUUGUGCUCUUGGGUUCUUCUUUUGUCAUCUAUCAUAAUAAAACUUAGCAGAUGGACAAUAUAACAACA